UUGUAAGAUUUUGACUUAUCAUUCUGUUUUGUUGGGUUUGGUAGAAAUCCGGAAAGCUUAUCGUUUUUCUGAAAAAGCUCAGUUUUUCUCAAUUUUUAUCUUGAAAGAAAAUAUUUCAUCAAUAAUGCCUAGCUCCGAAGUAACAACUUCAAAAGUUGUUGUUCAUCCCUUAGUGUUAUUGAGUGUAGUUGAUCACUUCAAUCGCAUGGGCAAAAUUGGUAAUCAAAAAAGAGUUGUAGGUGUUCUAUUAGGUUGUUGGAGAGCCAAAGGCGUGCUAGAUGUUUCUAAUAGUUUUGCAGUUCCAUUCGAUGAAGAUGACAAAGAUAAGUCAGUGUGGUUCUUGGAUCAUGAUUAUCUCGAAAACAUGUAUGGAAUGUUCAAAAAAGUAAAUGCUCGUGAGAGAGUGGUAGGUUGGUACCACACUGGUCCCAAGUUGCACCAGAAUGACAUUGCAAUUAAUGAAUUGGUGCGUCGCUAUUGUCCAAACUCUGUUCUCGUUAUUAUUGAUGCCAAGCCAAAAGAUCUUGGCUUACCAACAGAAGCUUAUCAAGCAGUUGAAGAAGUGCAUGAUGAUGGAUCUCCUACAUCUAAAACUUUUGAACAUGUGCCAAGUGAAAUUGGAGCUGAAGAAGCAGAAGAAGUAGGCGUAGAGCAUCUUUUGAGAGAUAUAAAAGAUACUACUGUUGGAACAUUAUCUCAAAGAAUCACAAAUCAACUGUUAGGUUUAAGAGGCCUUCACUUACAGUUGAGAGAUAUAAGAGAUUACCUCUUGCAAGUUAGUGAAGAAAAAUUACCUAUAAACCAUCAAAUUAUAUAUCAACUCCAAGAUAUUUUCAACUUAUUACCUGAUAUCAAUAAUGAAGCCUUUAACAAAUCCUUCUAUGUUAAAAAUAACGAUCAAAUGCUUGUUGUUUACCUAGCUGCCUUAGUCAGAUCAAUAGUAGCAUUACACAAUUUGAUUAAUAAUAAACUAACAAAUAAAGAUGCUGAAGAGGGUAAGAAAGAGGAGAAAAAAGAAAAAGAAAACAAAGAUAAAGAAGCAAAAGAUAAGGAUGCCAAAAAGGAUGAGAAGAAAAAAUGAGUUUUUUAAUAAGGCUGUGUUUGGAAACUUUAAUGUACUUCUAACAUCCUCUUUGUUCAUUCAUUAUUUAUACUGAAAAAGUGAGUUCAUUAUCUAAACAUCUGUUUUAUAAGAAAAAUAAACCUAUUCCUUCAAAA